CCUCCGCCCUGAAGUUAACCAGCUCAGUCCUCGGUGCAUCCCGCUCGCCGGCCCCGCUCACUCCCGGGCCAGGAUGGCAUUCUGUCUGGCCCUGCGCAUGGCGCUGCUGCUCUUCUCUGGGGUCCUGGCCCCCGCGGUGCUCACAGCCGAGGGCCCGCAGGAGCCCGUGCCCACCCUGUGGAACGAGCCCGCCGAGCUGCCGUCAGGAGAAGGCCCGCUGGAGAGCACCAGCCCCGCCUGGGAGCCCGCGGCCAGCGCUCCGCCGGCGCCCACCGCCGCUGCGAGCCCCGAGGACAGCACCGCGCAGGAGCGUCUGGACCAGGGCGGCGGCUCGCUGGGGCCUGGCGCCAUCGCGGCCAUCGUCAUCGCCGCCCUGCUGGCCACCUGCGUGGUGCUGGCGCUCGUGGUCGUCGCGCUGAGAAAGUUUUCCGCCUCCUGAAGCGAAUAAAGGGGCCGCGCCCCCGCCGCGGCGCGACUCGGCGGCACCCCGGGUGCGCGCCCCCGUGUC